AUUAUUACCAGUCUCCAUUACUUACCGGAACAAACUCUCAAAUACACAGACACAAAAGCUCAAAAAAUUUUCUCCCAAAAAAUAAUAAUAAAAAAAUAUAUAAAAAACAGUAGCAAGUAUUGAUUUUUUUUUUUGGUGUUUUCAUCUGUGUUGCCUUCUCUUUUCUUAUAUAAAGAAUGAAUGGGGAGGGAAAGGAAGAAGCAGUGAAAAUGGAGGUGAACAAUGAGAGAUUGGUUUUUAUGUGGGGUUAUUUACCGGGUGCUUUGCCGCAAAGGUCGCCGAUUUCGUCUCCGCUUGCUGUCAGGUCGACGGUGUAUGCGUGGAAGGAUGUUUGUGGUGGCGGUUGCGGUUUCGCCAUGGCCAUUUCUGAGUCUGGAAAGCUCAUUACAUGGGGUUCAACAGAUGAUCUAGGUCAAAGCUAUGUCACAUCCGGGAAGCAUGGGGAAACUCCCGAGGCUUUCCCUCUCCCAACUGAGGCUUCCAUUGUAGAAGCUGCUGCUGGUUGGGCGCAUUGUGUAGCAGCUACAGACACUGGAGAAGUCUAUACAUGGGGAUGGAAAGAAUGUAUUCCCUCAGGGAAAGUCUUUGGAGAUCCAUCAGGGGCGGGAGGAUCAGCAAAGGAUGCGUUUGAAAGACAGAAUCUGUUUUUUACAGAACAAGUCAGCCCUCGCUCGCAAGGUUCGAGGUCUAGCAGUGGAAGUGGAACCUUUUCUGGGGUUGAUGGUAGAGGAAGUGGAGAUGAAAGUACAAAGAGGCGGAGAAUAGCAUCAGCAAAACAAGCAGCCGAAAGCUCAUCUGCCGGAGAUGAAACACUCUCAGCAUUGCCAUGCCUAGUAACUCUUAACCCGGGAGUGAGGGUUGCCACUGUUGCAGCUGGCGGGCGCCACACUUUAGCAUUGUCAGUUUCAGAUAUAGGACAGGUGUGGGGUUGGGGCUAUGGUGGCGAAGGGCAGCUUGGUUUGGGCUCCCGGAUACGUAUGGUGUCCUCUCCUCAUCCCAUACCUUGCAUUGACUCUGCUUACGGAAAAGAUAGAGCUGUAGUGCUUUCUCGAGGGGGCAUGACUUCAGAGGGACAGAGUUUUAGAGUUCCUGGAAGUCAUGUUAAGGGGAUUGCUUGUGGAGGUCGACACAGUGCGGUAAUUACAGAUGCUGGAGCACUGCUUACUUUUGGCUGGGGACUUUAUGGACAGCUGCGUGUUUUGGCUUGUCAUGGUAAAAGGACUAAAGUCUAUUGUUAUUGUUUUUUCAAGUGUGGUCAAGGAAGCACAGAUGAUGAGUUAAGCCCAACUUGUGUAUCUUCUUUGCUGGGCAUUAGGAUAGAGGCAGUUGCCGCAGGGUUAUGGCAUACCGUUUGUGUUUCUGCUGAUGGCGAUGUCUACUCAUUUGGUGGGAAUCAGUUUGGACAGUUGGGAACUGGUGGUGACCAGGCAGAGACUCUCCCCAGACUCUUGGAAGCUCCAAGCUUGGAAAAUAUACAUGCGAAAACAGUUUCUUGUGGGGCUCGCCACAGUGCUAUAAUCUCAGAGGAUGGAAAAGUAUUCUGCUGGGGAUGGAACAAGUAUGGCCAGCUUGGCUUGGGUGAUGUGAUUGACCGCAACAUUCCUUCUCAAGUUACCAUCGAUGGCUGUGUCCCUAAAACUGUAGCAUGUGGCUGGUGGCAUACCCUUAUUCUAGCCGAGUCACCUACUUGAGUAUCUGACUCUGACAAGCCCUUGCACAGUUUUGUUAGGUUAGAAGUCCUUUCAGAAAGCUGAUAAAUCAUUAAGAUCCAUGUAUGCGUACUCGUAUGCUCGUUCUUAUUCUUUCGUGGAUCAGGUUCACCGCAGCUAGUUCCAUCUCUUAAAACUACUAGAAUGACAUACUGCUUUUAAGGUGUAAAAAAUGAUCUAGCCAGGUCCCUUGUGUAUAUUUUAUUUAGCAGAAUUUGAACAUUAUACUGUACUCAGUGCCAUGAAAAGUCGAGUAUUGUUGUGUGUGAA